AUUUAUGUGAGUGGUGAACAAACAGGAUUUAGGACCGAGAACUUGAGAGUAUUCCUCAGACAUACUUCCCACAUUCACUGCAACAGUUACUUCCUCGUCCCUUCUCGACCAGUCAGUUUAGUUUUAAAUUUAAUUUGAACAACAGACCUAAGAGAUGUCUCGACUUGGAGUGGUACGGUGGUUGCCCAACCUGGAAUACAGUGGCAACGGUUCAGCCAACACGACUAACAGCCUUGCAAUGUUUUCACCAACUGCCAAGGAAGAAUGGAUCCAAGCAGAUGUUAUCAUAUCAGCCUGUGUCAUCGCCGUACUUCUAAUACACGCUCACUUCUGCCAACUGUCCAAAGUGGGCGUGACUACUCUGCUGGCCCUAUUGAGUCUCGCGGUAUCUCUUCUGAUCGCUCCAUUGGUUGGCAGCAUCCUACUAGUGUUCGCUAUUUACCGUCAGGUGGUCAUUACUGUACUGAGAGCCACUGUCGGCCAUCACUUCUCUGGCCUGUUAUUCGGCACUGAUGCAUUCUGGGCCCUCGAAGAUGACACAUCUCUCUCCGUCAUUAACAUACUGGCUCUGGCAGAUUUCAGCUUUAUUGUUUCCGCUUCAACUCAAGAUGAUGAGCCCCUCCAGACCAUAUCUGAGCUCAUCCAAGACCGUCUUUUGACUUCACCUGUUCCCUUUCCUAAGCUUAUGUGGUAUAGAAAACAGUCAUGCCUCGGCUACUUCUACUGGGAAAGCCAAAGCAGCAUCAACAUUGCAGACCACAUCCGCUGGAUGGACAUCGAAGAUCAGGGAGAUCGAACAAUUACUGAACAAUCUUUGAAGAACUUCGUAUCUUCAGUGACAAACUCUAAUCUACCUGCUAAUCAUGCCGCAGGUUGGGAAAUACUCGUCGGGCGGUAUCCUAUCAAACCUUCUUCAGAUCUUCUGGAUGCAAUGGAGAAUGGCGGAUGGAUAACAAAGUCUUGCGCCGGAGUUCGUUAUCCGGUUUUGUUCAGGGUCCAUCACAGCAUUGGAGAUGGAAUCGCUUUGGUAAAUCUGCUGUUAGAUUCACUUGGCGACCCUUGCACUCGCUGUAACACUCCUAUCCAACAAUUUCGCUGCACUUCCCCUACUUUUGAUAGGAAUUUCGUUAGACCCAAGACUCCUACGAUAUAUGAAGAACCUGAGGACAGACCUAUUAUUUCAUCAUGGCAAGAAUCUGAUAUUCCAAAAUCAUCUUCUUGUGAAUUUAAGUCUAUUUGUGUUGAUAUUCCAGCAGAACCUAGUGCACUUUUAAAAAGAAGUACCACGUUUGACUUCAGUGAAUGCUCGUCUAUGAAUUAUUCCAGAGACAACAAAAUGCAUGGAUUAAGAUCUAGUGUAAGAACUGCUUGCAAAAGAGUUUUGAGUUUCAUCGAUGAAACGAAAGAAUUUAAAACUAAACUUAGUCAAACAGAAAUGAAAGACUUCAAUAUUGUUGUUAAUGAUCGACCUAGUGGAGAGUUUUUAGAUCUUAUCAAUAGCGCGACAAUGCUGGAAGAUCCUUACACGCAGGUAGAAGAAAAUGAAAACAGAAUUAUUCAGUUUUUACUGAAAAAAUGCACAGCUGGUCUCUGUAUGUUCGUAAACGUAAUUUGUAAAUUUGUGAAAUCGUUGGGAGCUCUGAUACGUCAAUGGUCUGUCCUAUUAUUUAUACCGGCAUCGUUGUUGAAUCAAGCCCUCACGCAAACUCAAGACAGUAAUCUUUUACACGGCCCAAAAUUAUCCGGCCACAAGGUGGUAGCUUGGUAUUUCGAACAGCAAGACAACUCUGACCAGCUGUUGAUGUCGAUGAUCAAAAGAAUCCGGGCAAAAACAGGAGUUCGCUUCUCGGACGUGUUGCUGACAGCAGUUUCUGCGAGUUUGGAGAAGUUCUACGCGCAGAGCAACGAAGUGCCACAGUUCAUCACAGUGGUAAUACCAGCAAGGCUAACACCUCCACCGUCAACACAGGCUUUGACGAAGGUGAUAAAAACGAAAAAUUUCUCAACCAAAGUAACAAAGAUAACGGAAAAUACUGAAAGCAGUCUGGAAAACAAAUUUUCAGUAGCUCUUCUACCUUUGCCGAUUGCCAACAAUAGUUCAAACCAAUUAAAACUCUUCACUAAGCUGCGGCAAGUCCGGAAACACUGUGAUUUACUCCGAAAUUCUCCUGACUACCUGGUGAACUACUGGCUGUUGAGAGUAGUGGCCACCCUGUUACCCACGUGGCUGCUGCGACCGAUGAUGCAGAGCACUCACAGCACCCUCGUGCUCAGUAAUCUCCCCGGACCCACCAGGCUCACUAAGCUGGCCGGCCACACGUUGCACGACCUUGUCUUUUGGGUCCCCAACAGGACAACCACAGGUGUUGGAGUAACCGUGUUGAGCUACGCUGGCCGGUUACAGCUUGGUCUGAUGGCUGACCGGGCACUCAUCGCCUGUCAACAAGACACACAGCUGAUCUUGGACGGUGUGGCCACAGCUAUACAACAGAUGGACCAACUGUCUUCUCCUCAAGACACCACUCAUGUACCGCCGGCUCAAUAAACGCUUUUUACUUACUUUC